AUGAAGUGUUUAUGUUUUGGUCGGAAUGAAAUUCCGGUAAAUAUAUCCGAUCAGUAUUGCAAAUCAAAUGCUAAAUCGGUCAAUGAUGAAUUUAAUGAUUCAAGAAUACCACUGACUAGGAAGCAAAAAUUUGUUUUAAUCAAGAAUUGGAAAGGUAUUGAACGCGAUGUCACCACUGCUGGUAUUGAAAUGUUCCUGAAGAUGCUGACAGAACACCCAGAAUACUACGAAUUUUUUAAUUUCCGAAAUAUUGCUAAUACAGCGAAAGAAAAGCAGGCAAGCGAUGAGCGCUUAAGUGCCCAUGGCGCUGCGGUUAUGAAAUUCAUUGGAAAAGCAAUAAGUCAGAUCGAAAAUGCUGAUGCAUUUUUUAUGUUGCUCGAAAAUAAUGGAAGACAACAUGCUCACAGAGGAGCAUUUAGACCGGAAAUGUUCUGGAAAAUGGAAAAUCCAUUUCUAUAUUCAGUAAAACUAAUCCUUGGUGAACGUUACACGGAUAACAUGGAUGCAAUUUAUAAAACUGUCAUUCAGUUAAUUUUGCAACGAAUGGAGGAAGCAUGUCGAACAGAAGUGAUGAAAAUCCGAAAUAAAAAUGUUGAAAUAUGA